CAGAGGGGCUGUUAAUGGGCAGGUCUCUGUGAAGCAGCAGCCUACCUGUUGGAGCUCAUUGCGGCAGAGUUGCCACCCGGACCCCAUGCUCGUUCGCUGAUCGUGGACCUGCGAGAGCUGAGUGCACCUAACAAGGGAGAAAACAACGGAAACAUGUCUGAAAGACUUUUACUCUGCGCUGUUUUGGCCGUGUGCCACUGGACGCAAACUUGCACUGGAUUUAAUAUAGAUGAACGGUUUCCUGUGAUCAAAGAGGGGAAAACCAGGGGGAGCUUGUUUGGGUUCUCUGUAGCUUUGCAUGAGCAGACGGUGGGCUCCAGACAGUAUCUGCUUCUUAUAGGUGCGCCCAAAGAAAAAGCACAAUCUCUACCGGAAGUCAAUGAAACAGGCGCCGUCUACUUCUGUCCCAUUACCACCGACACCACUGACUGCUCCAGAAUGGACCUGGUUACCUCAACAACUACCUCUGAGAUUGUGGAGGGCAUGUGGUUGGGUGUGACAGUGUCCAGUCAGAAGGGCCAGCCAGAUGGACGCGUGUUGGCAUGCGGACAUCGAUAUGUGAAGGUUAUUUCAGAGAAUCAGUGGCGGAUGUUAGGAAAAUGUUAUGUAAGGAGUAAUGACCUGACCUUUGACCAAGAUGAUCAGUGGCAGGAUGAAAAUUAUGACGUCUGCAAUCACAACAACGACCACAACUUGGACGGCAUGUGCAACAUGGGCAUCUCAGGCGGUAUAUCGGAAACUGAUGUCUAUUUAGGCUCUCCAGGCAGCUACAAUUGGCAAGGAGAUGCUCAUGUGAUACGGAUAGAUCCACAAAACCCCUGGAACUAUGCUGACAAAAACUUUGAAAGUCUAGAGAAAGCAUAUAGUUAUAUAGCACUUUCAUUCACAGGUUAUUCAGUUCUCGAAGGAAAGAAGCUGCUGAGCUAUGAUGACUCGACAGUUGUGACGGGGGCUCCCAGAUAUGAGUCUAAGGGUGCUGUGAUUUUUUCAAAUAAAACUCAACCAAAGCUUUUGUUGGAGCAGAUCAUCCUCGGGGAACAAGUGGGUUCCUACUUUGGAAACAGCCUGGCAGUGACAGAUCUGAACAAUGACAGUUGGAAUGACCUGAUUGUGGGUGCCCCCUUUUACUUUGACCGUAAGAAUGAAGUGGGGGGAGCAGUGUACAUUUUCAUGAACGAGAAUGGAUUUUUCCAGAAGACCGCCUCAAUGGUUUUGAAGGGCCCAUCUGAUUCUGCCUUUGGCCUUGCACUGGCCGCCAUUGGCGACAUCAACCAAGACGGAUUCCAAGACUUUGCUGUUGGAGCGCCAUUCCACCAGACAGGAAUAGUCUACAUAUGGAUGGGAAGCAAAAAGGGAAUAUCAAGGGAGCCUAGUCAGACCAUUAUGGGUAGGACGUUUGGUGAAAAAUUCCGGACCUUCGGCUACUCCAUCAGCGGAGGGAUGGACGUGGAUGAUAACAGUUACCCUGAUAUCUUAGUUGGCUCUCUGGAUGAUCACAUCGCCCUCCUCAGAGCUCGACCGGUUGUGCACUUAACCCAAGACUUCACUGUCGAGCCUAAGAUUGUGGACGAUAAAAUGUGCUCUGGAGAUAAACCAUGCAUUACAGCUACUCUGUGCAUGUCUUUCACUCUAAGCACCGGAAAUACAAAUUUCAAGAGACCUGUCAUGGUGACGUAUAUAGUAGAGGCCGACAGGGAGAGAAGAGGAAGCUCUCGUGUUCGUUUUCAGAAUGACAUCAACACUUACACUGGCAACCUGACCAUGACAGCUUCCAAAACUGCGUGUGAAACUCUCAAGCUGUUUGUAGUCGAACCUGUGAGGGACAAACUGGAACCAGUGGUCUUUUUCCUGAACUUCUCAUUAUACGAACCAAUACCUAGAGCCAGACGAUCCCCACAGAACCUCGACUUCUUCCCAAUUUUGAGCCCAGAGCAGAAAUCCAGCCGAAGAACUGAGAUUCACUUUCAAAAGGCGUGUGGCUCAGACAACAAAUGUACCAGUAACCUGCAACUAACAGCAAAGUUUGUUGAAGAAAAUGAAGAAAAGCCUUAUCCCAGUCUGGGCAAAGUUCAAGUGCUCCAGUUCAACAGCUCCAUAAAGAAAAUAGGGCUCGCGGUAAACGUUACCAACUAUCAAUCUGAAGGGAAGCUAGCUGAAGACGCCCACAGAGUCCUGCUCAAUGUCACUAUCCCUGAUGUGCUGAAAUAUGCCAGUGUCAGUUCUUUGAAUAACAAAGUUGAGUGCACUCUUCUUGAUACAGUCAUUUGUGAGGUGGGGAACCCAAUUAGCAAAAACGAAAAGGUGUCUUUCCUGCUCAAGUUUGAGACAUCAGGAAUCACCCUACACACACGAAAGAUUGAGUGUCAGCUGCUGUUGUCAACUCUUAGUGAGCAGAGUGACCUAACGCCUGUUCCUAUGGCCUUGCUGAUUGAAAACACCAUUGAGCCAGUCUUCAGCUUCUUAUCCAGUGAAAAGACACAGGUGGAAACAGUAAAGUUUGGUGGGACAGUGAUGGGCGAGUCAGCCAUGGUCAACACAAGUGACGUGGGCAGUCUGGUGGAGUUCACCUUUACUAUGAACACAAUGGGACAAUCGCUGCAAGACAUAGCAACCCUGGCUGUGGAGUUUGAGUGGCCCUGUGAGGUAGCAAACGGCAAGUGGCUGCUGUACCUGACGAAGAUUGUUGUUCAGGGGGAUUCUGAAACGGAGUGUAAACCUCCUGGAAAUGUGGUCAACAUGCUUAACCUAACUUUGUCAGAGAGAAGACCUAAGCGUACUAAGCGACAGAUUAGAGUUGAAGGUGAGAAUGACGUGACCCAUUCAAAUAUUAUUGAGCCACAGGCAGCAGUCACACUGUCUUCUACUCCCAAAAAGAGUUACCUGUUGGAUUGCUCCAAGGGGACAGCAAAGUGUGUGACGUUUACCUGCCCGCUGCUCAAUGUUUCGAAUUCAGCCACGAUUUAUGUCCGAUCCCGGUUGUGGAAUAGUACAAUGUUAGAGGACUAUUCUGAUGCAUUUGUAGUUGAAGUUAAAGGCCAAGCCACACUGAAGCUUAUUAAUGAUCAAUCAAACAUCAAGAUGAAGAGUCAGACGGCCUUGUUCAAAGUACAAAUAGAACCAGAGGAAAGGGUGGAGACGCCCUAUGAGCUUCCCCUGUGGAUCAUCAUCUCUGCAGCUGUAGCAGGAAUUGUACUGCUAGGAAUCAUCAUUCUUAUACUAUGGAAGUGUGGCUUCUUCCAGAGAGCCAGCAGGAGGGAGAUGUAUGAGGCCAAGGCCCAGAAGGCUGAGAUGAAGAUCCAGCCCUCUGAGACAGAGAGGCUAACUGAGGACUACUGAGGCCCCAUGUCUCCCAACAGCAUACACCAUUGGGGCUUUUGGCUUGGCUUCUUCAAGCGAGCCAUCUACUACAGAAUAAUGCCAAAGCACCAGGGAGUGAAAAUUCGCAGGGCUGAGCGUUAUCAGUUCAAUCUGGGGUUUCAGCCCGAGGAGCCACAGAAAAAGUAUUGGAUCACAAGUUGGACAGAGAUGCAGCAUUACUACUACUGAGGCCUUUGUUUUAAACCCUGAACUGCUCAGUGUCAAGAGGCCAAAAAACCCUGGGCUAGACUGAGCCACGUGGACCAACAUGGACCAACUGUGGAUAGUGCAUUCAUUUUUUUUAAUGGUUUUAUUUUUUAUAGACUCUUUUUUUGUGCAAUACACUGAACAUUUUGUUCCAGAGAUUGUAACUUGUUAAGCGCUUGUGAAUGCGCAUGUACUUUGUACAUUAGAAGCUGUGUCGCAUACAAAAGUAGCUGGUUUUGAUUGUGUUGUAGGAGCUAAUGUACUGAAAUUUUUUUCUGUAUGUGUAUUUUUUAUAUCUUUUUUUUCCCUAAAAUUUCUGAGAAAUGUUGCUGGUCAUUUGUUGUGCUGUUUCACACCGUGCCUAUUUCCAUAUCUAAUCUGAGUGUAUAUAUCUAAUCUGUGAUUGUAAAUGUCCUUUCUGCUUCUAUCACUUUGUGGUCAGGAGUCAGUGACUCUGUUAGGGAUUUAAAUCAAGAUAAGUUGAUUUGUAGAUCAUUUUCAACCCCUACACUUAGAACAUAAUGACCAGCAGCCGCUCUCUUAUAAGUGAAUGUUCACAUCAAAUGUACCCUGACUUUGCGUUGGAAUGGUUUUGGCGCUAGCCUCAAAUGCAGAACGUGACAUUAUAUAUUGUUCAGGUUAUGUACUUGCAUUGUUUGCCUGGUUUCAGGGAAACAGGAUUUGUACUUAUAGGUGAGUAAUACUUGUAAUACUUUAAACAGCCCCAGCGGAUGCACUGUAAUUUCCUGCAUUGAAUUCCACAGCAGUGAACGCCGAAAGCAGGUUUGUAACAAGUUGAAAAGCAAUAGCUUCAUGUCUGUGUGUUGAUUUAGUCAGGGAGUAAACUUGACUAUUAUUUAUUACAUCAUCUUAGGCUAAUACAUUAACAUACAUAUCUAAAGAAUGUCAUACAGGGAGUCACAACACUGGAUUAGUUUAGUAGGAUGAUGUCUAUGUGGAGACUUUACGAUCCAGCAUACAUAGGUACGUAUAAAUUGUAUAUAGUAACAAGUUGGGUUAAAUUGACUGUUUUAAUGAAUUUCUUUUCUCACUCAUUGAGCUUUGUAUUUUUAAAAGACAGUAAGCCUUCUCUUGGAUUGUUUCUAGGCCUCUGUGGCCCCCGUUAAGGUAAACCUGUAAGACCAAUGAUAGACUGCUGUUAUAAGCCUGUUAUUAAACAGUCUCUGAUGGGACUAAGUGUUGCUUUACUGCUCCAGUCUGUGUUACCUGAGAGCCUGCAGGUACUGUAUUCUGUUGUGCAACUGUAGCCACUAAAGAGGUUGUAUUGACUCUGUGAGUAAAGAGGGAAGGGCUGAAAACAGUGCACAAGCUCUUAUUUUUUUUCAUCGUGUGGUGUUGCCUUUUUUAUGUUACUGUGCAUUUUUUUAUUGUAAUGAAAUUGUUUUUAAUAACUUUUGUAAUUCAUUCAUGUCACGUCUCCAGAGGCAGAAUAAAUAUUUAAUGUCUUUAUUGUAGAAAUGCUGAGGAUUCAACUUAUUAGAAAAAAAAUCAAAUAUUCAGAAACACUUACACAAUGAAUGACUUUACAAAUUUUCAUUUUAAAACUCUUCCUUCUUUAACAUCAAAGCUUACAAAUAAAUUACAAAAAAAAAU